GACCCGCUGGGCAAGGUCUACGUGCGCCGCGAGCUGGCGCCGGGUCUGGUGCUCGAGAAGCGGUCCGCCGCUCUUGGGGUGGUGCUGGUGAUCUUCGAGGCGCGGCCGGAGGCGCUGCCGCAGAUCUCCGCGCUCGCGCUCCGGGCCGGGUGCGCGUUGAUCCUCAAGGGCGGGUCGGAGGCCAAGGAGUCGAACGCGGCGCUCUACCGCGUGAUCCGCGACGCGGUCGUCGCCGCGGCGCCGGCUCGCGCGAAACGCGCGCUCGCGGCCGCGGUGACGCUCCUCCCGGGCCGCGACGCCGUCGCGAGGCUCCUCAAGGCCACGGACGAGUCGCCGGCGCCCCUCGUGGACCUGGUCGUGCCCCGGGGCUCCAACGACCUCGUGAAGCACGUGCAAAAGUCGACGAAGGUGCCCGUGCUCGGCCACGCGGACGGCGUCUGCCACGUCUACGUCGACGCGUCCGCGGACGCGGCGACGGCCGUCAAGGUCGUCGUCGACGCCAAGACGGACUACCCGGCGGCCUGCAACGCCUGCGAGACCGUGCUCUUCCACGAGGCCUGCGUCGCGAGCGGCCUCGCCAAGGCCGUGCUCGACGCGCUCGUCGCCGAGGGCGUCGCGCUCUUCGGCGGGCCCGGGGCCGUCGCGCGGGGCCUCGUCUUCACCGAGGCCGACAAGCCGGAGAAGUGGGAGUACGGCUGCCUCGCCCUGCGCGUCGACGUCGUACCGGACGUCGCCGCGGCCGUCGCCCACGUCAACGCGCACUCGUCGGGCCACACGGAGUGCGUCGUCGCCGAGGACGCGGCCGUCGCCGACGCGUUCCUGGGCCUCGUCGACUCGGCGGACGUCUUCCACAACGCGUCCACGCGCUUCGCCGACGGCUUCCGCUUCGGCCUCGGCGCGGAGUUGGGCAUCGCGACGGGCCGCAUCCACGCGCGCGGGCCCGUGGGCGUCGACGGCUUCCUCACCUACAAGUGGCUCCUGCGGUCCGCGUCGGCGGGCGGCGACGCGGCGUCCGAGUUCGGCAGCGGCGCGAAGACGUACACGCACAAGGACCUCGCGCUCGCGGACUAG